UGUCUAUUUGCUUGCGAUCGUAACGGUUGUCUUUGGUAACAACAAUUUUUAACUGCCGGCCGUGUCUUGACAUUUUGACACUACGCGUAAAUCACUUCUUCCGGCCAUUUGUCGUAAAUAAAAUAUCUUGAUUUACUUGUUUGAACAAAAGAAAGCCCAAAUAUCCCGAGGCAGUGUUAAAAAACCCCAUUUUUUGCGCCUAAAAAGUGACGUUUUAAUACUUUGUUUGUGGAAACGAUUUUAAAAGUCAUUUUUGGUUAUUGAGCACUGUUUUGUUGUGCUACAACAAAUCGAAGAGGUUGUUUUUAUUUGUAUUUUACUACACCAUUAUCGCGGCCGUAUCCAUUGGAAUUGAUAAGUGUUUUGUUGCCAGUGUCUCGUUUCGAAAUUCUUAAGUACACUUUUGUGCCUGAGAGAGUGCGUGUGUCGUCUGUGUGUUUUGUUUUUGAGAAUUUUUGAUUUACAAUUCAUUGCCAAAGCAUAUUCAAUCAACAUGGCUUGGAGAUCCGUGCAUAUUUUAUUAUUUUCAUUCUUCGUUAUCUUCUCAAUUAAUUCCGUUCUUGCUGGUCCCACAACAGUUGUAAAAGAUGAUCCGAUUAAGGAAAGUCUGGAUGAACUUAAUGACCUAACUGGAAGCGCUAUAUUGAGGGACUCUUCUUCCAUGAUUGCCUCUGAGGCCAACAGCUACAGUCAUCGCGAUGAAGAUAUGAUAGCAGAUCCCCCCAACACGAAUGUCUUCAAAAAUCUCAAAUAUGAUGUGGAAAUUUUGGAAGCCAACGAUGAGACCACCAAUAAGGAGGACAGCGAAAUUGAGGAACGUUAUCGGGGUCCGGCCAUUGUAAUAAACACCGAUGAAUUUAUAAAUGAAAAUAUCGAAAUGAAUGAAGAUGAAGAGCGUGCCGACAAACAGUCCUUGGCCAAUACACAUUUAAUUCUCAGCAUUAUCUUGGUGGUGGUGGCCUUGGUAUCCAUCAGUUUAUAUGCUGCUUUGGUUAUAUGGCGCAGUCACAUUGAGCAACGUUAUGGCAUGCGCGAACUGCUAGUCACCAACGAUAAUCAAGAUUAUUGGCCUCAACAUAUGACAGAUAAUACCGCUAUUCCC